UCUCAGUGACUGUUGUAAUUCAGCACACGUUGUCAUUGCUUUCUCGAGUUUAGAUGAAUGUAUCAGAGAUCGUAGAGUGAUACGAGACACAGUGUAAUAUAGAUUUCAGGACAUUAUUUACGAUUCAGAGAGACCCGUGUAAAGCCUUUGUUUGAUUAAACUUCAGCAUUUCAUCUCUCAAAUUAAUAAUCUUAUCAAUUAAAUAAUUUAUUCUCAUAUACGAGUGUCCAGUCCGUAUAAAGAGCAGUGUUUGUGUUAUUUCCGCGGCGAUGGAGAGUAACAUGAUCGACGAGGUGAUCUCAGGUGUCUGUGACCCGUCCGCCCGAAAGCCUCACCGGGCGGCUCUGAUUCUGGCCCGCGGUGGCAGUAAAGGAAUCCCUCUGAAGAACAUCAAGAAUCUGGCCGGUGUUCCUCUCAUCGCCUGGGUUCUGAGAGCUGCCUUGGAUUCAGAAGUCUUUGAGAGCGUGUGGGUUUCCACGGAUCAUGAUGAGAUUGAGCGCGUCGCAAGAGUCUGGGGCGCAAAAGUUCAUCGGCGCAGUCCUGAAGUGUCCAAAGAUUCGUCCAGCUCACUGGAGACCAUCCAGGAGUUCAUCCGAGUGAGACCCGAGGUGGACAUCAUCUGUCAUAUUCAGGCCACGUCUCCAUGUCUUCAUCCUCAUCACAUCAGAGAAGCCCUGCAGAUGAUCACUGAACAGGGCUGUGACUAUGUGUUUUCGGUGGUUCGCAGACACCAGUUUCGCUGGGAAGAGGUGGAUAAGAAAGAUGAUAAGAAUCCGACGUCUCCGAACCUUGACGUGGCACGCAGGCCUCGACGACAAGAUUGGCCUGGAGAACUCUACGAAAACGGCUCUUUCUAUUUUAGCACAAGAAAGGCUUGGGAAAACGGGCUUAAACAGUUGAAGAAGAUGGCCUACUAUGAAAUGCUGCCUGAGUACAGCGUUGAUAUCGAUGUGGACAUCGACUGGCCUGUCGCUGAGCAGAGAGUUCUGAGGUUUGGCUACUUUGGCCGAGAGGAGAAAGCGGCGGUCAGGCUGUUUCUGUGUAAAGUGUCUGGCUGUUUGACGAACGGACAAAUAUUCACAUCGGUUUCAGGCGAGGACCAUGUGGCCAUCAAUGCUCGAGACGUGGCAGGCAUACAGAUGCUGCAGAGAGACAAUAUAGAGGUGAUCCUCAUGACCAGCGUGAAUGAGCUGCUGUCCAGGGCUCUGCUGGAGAAGGUCGCCCAGCUCGCCGGCUGUGGCCUUAGGUUUGGAGAGCAGCUGGAUGGGCUUGAGGUGCAGUGGCUAAUGAAAGAGAAGAAGCUGCGGUGGGAUGAAGUGGCCUUCAUGGGUUCAGAGUCUGAAGACAGAGAGAUCCUGUCUCAGGUGGGACUGAACGGCGUCCCGUCUGACGCACCCGUGGCGGAUCUCAUCGCAGCCAAAUAUAUGUGUCAGAGACCCGCCGGAAACGGAGCAGUUCGUGAAUUUGCCGAGUACAUACUGAUGCUGAAGAAAAAGAGCUUGAUGCCGGUGCACCAGGAGAACAUUGACAGGGCCAAUUUCUAGAUUCCAGUUCCUAUUUCCUAUUUCUUUACAAAAUAACCCUAACAGUCAGUUUGGGUCACUGUGAUCACAUGACAGUGAAUCUAUCUUAAGUUAAUAAAACACCUGUGUGUGUGUGUGUCAAUGAGCAAAUACUUACUGUUGUCGCUUUAUCUCUUCAUUUGAUCUUUAUAUAUUUACAUGUUCUUUCAAAUUCAGUAGUCAUUACUCCUUAUCCUAACUGAUGAUUAUGUAUUAAUGUUUAAUCUUAUACUUUGUCCUCACAAGUCACUGAGUGAUAAGGGAACAUCCUUAUUUCUUAUCAUGGUCAGCAUUGUGCAGCAGUAGUUCUCCAUGUCUUUUACUCAGGGCCGUUGCUGGGGCCAGCGGGGCCCCAGUGCAGGUCGUACCAGUGGGCCUUAUUUGAAAUUGUUUAAUUUGUAUGUUCAUUCAAUUGAUUUUUUUGUUCUAUUUAUACAGUGUUUAAGUUCUU